AUGUCAGCACUCAACUUUACCAAUCUGCAUCCCAAAACCUUUCUCCUCCUUGGAAUUCCAGGACUGGAAACCGUUCAAAUCUGGAUCUCUAUCCACUUCUGUCUUGUGUAUAUGUUGGCCAUCCUGGGGAACUGCACCCUUCUGGUCAUCAUCAGGAAUGACCCUAGCCUGCAUGAGCCCAUGUACCUCUUCCUCUCCAUGCUUUCAGUGGCAGACUUGAUGAUCACCACCACCACACUGCCCAAAAUCCUUAGUCUCUUCUGGUUUAAUGAUAAAGAGAUAUAUCUUGAAGCUUGUCUUACUCAGAUAUUUCUUAUACACUCCCUGACCACCAUGGAGUCUGGCUUCUGUUUGGCUAUGGCAUUUGAUCGCUAUGUGGCCAUCUGUAACCCUCUUAGACAUUCAGCUAUUUUGACCAACGUAGUUAUCAGGAACCUAGGUUUGGCCAUUGUCAUUCGGGGAGUUAUUUUGCUGAGUCCUCAUCCCUUCAUGCUUAGAUGGCUUCCCUAUUGUAAGACCAACAUCAUCCCCCACACUUACUGUGAAUUCAUGGCACUGAUCAAACUUUCCUGUGCCCAGACUAAGGUCCACAGAGCCUACAGCCUCUCUAUUGCUUUCUUUACCGCAGGACUGGAUUUCAUUGUGAUUAUCUGUUCCUACGUCCUCAUUCUCAGUACUGUAUUUUGCCUACCCUCCAAGGAGGCUAGACUGAAAACCCUGGGCACCUGUGGCUCCCAUGUGUGGGUCAUUUUGACUUUUUAUACUCCUGCCUUUUUCUCCUUCCUCACUCAUAGGUUUGGUCAUCAUAUUGCUCCCCAUAUCCAUAUUUUUGUGGCCAACAUCUACCUUCUUAUCCCACCCAUGGUGAACCCUAUCAUUUAUGGUGUCAAAACCAAAAGGAUAUCUGAUUUUAUCCUCACAAUAACCCUGAGA